AUGAUGCAAAAGUUUUUAGUAUCGGUGCCCCCGACUACAAAUGUGCCUAGAUCCGCCACUGUGUACACCACACUUAGGCGAGUUAUAUGCGGACCUAUAUCGAUGGUUCGGACGUAUAUGUGCGGUGACUUGGAGAAGACUAUUAACUUUCCUCACCUCUUUUCUCAUGGCUUCAUGGUUGUGUUGCUCUGCUCGUGCGUGUUAGCUUUCCUUUUAAACUACAUCAUUUUUCUUAACACCACUCUCAACUCGGCUCUCACGCAGACAAUUUGUGGCAAUAUGAAGGACCUAUUCACGGUUGGAUUAGGCUGGAUGAUCUAUGGUGGACUCCCAUUCGACCUGAUGAAUGUGAUUGGACAGCUUCUUGGUUUCUUCGGCUCUGGUUUAUAUGCAUAUUACAAGAUCAUUGGGAGGUAGCUAGAGAAGGGUGACUAUAAGCCGAGGCCCCAUUUUUUG